AUGGCUGGUGUUGCCAUCCUCACAGACUCAGAGGUCCAGAGAUGGUGCUGGUUCCAGGGCCCUGGCGAUGCUGGGGGUCCCGCCUUCUCUAUCUCCGCUUUUCCUCUUGUCCACGCCAGCAACCUCAAGAUAAACAUUGAGGACCUUGAGGAGGGACCAGUGCUGAAUGGGGAGAGACCCGAGUGUCUGCUCACAGGGAACAGAAGGAGAUCCCAGAGUGGAGGUGCAGAUGUCAAGAAAGCUGGAGAAGUGGCUGGCAAGGCAGCACCCCCAGAGCAGUCUAAUAUAAGUGGCAAACUCCGAAAGAAGAAAAAGAAACAGAAAAAUAAGAAAAACACUGCAGGAGAAAUUCUGGAAAAUGGGCUGGAAGAUAUUGAUCGCAUCCUGGAGAGGAUUGAGGAUGGCGGUGGUUUAAGCCGCCCAGGCCCGCCUCCCCUGAGCUCAAAGAAGCACGUCCUAUAUGUGGAGCACAGACACCUGAAUCCAGACACAGAACUGAAAAGAUAUUUUGGUGCUCGAGCUGUCCUGGGGGAACAAAGUGCAAUUGCACAGGAGUGGGUAUUCCCCUGUGGUGUUAGCACCAAGUCUCUCCGCUGCCUCCCAAAUACCGAGAGAGCGCUCUACAGCAUGGAGUGUGCCUUUCAUCCCUUGUUCAGUCUCACCAGCGGGACCUGCCGGCUGGAUUACCGCAGACCCGAGAACAGGAGCUUCUACCUGGCCCUCUACAAGCAGAUGAGCUUCCUGGAGAAGCGCGGCUGUCCCCGCACGGCGCUGGAGUUCUGCAAGCUCAUCCUGAGCCUGGAGCCGGACGAGGACCCUCUGUGCAUGCUGCUGCUCAUCGACCACCUGGCCUUGCGAGCGCGCAACUACGACUACCUGAUCCGCCUCUUCCAGGAGUGGGAGGCUCAUCGAAACCUGUCUCAGCUCCCGAAUUUUGCCUUCUCUGUGCCGUUGGCCUAUUUUCUGCUGAGUCAGCAAGCAGACCUCCCUGAGCAGGAGCUGAGCUCUGCGAGGGAACAGGCCUCUCUCCUGAUCCGACAGGCGCUCACCAUGUUCCCUGGAGCCCUCCUCCCUUUGCUCGAGUACUGCAGCGUGCGGCCAGAUGCCGCUGUGGCCACUCACAGCUUUUUCGGACCGGACGCUGAGAUAAGCCAGCCCCCUGCCCUGAGCCAGCUGGUGAGCCUGUACCUCGGAAGGUCGCACUUCCUCUGGAAGGAGCCGGCCACCAUGAGCUGGCUGGAGGAGAACGUCCGCGAGGUUCUGCGGGCGGUGGACUCCGGGGACCCUGCGGUGGAAGCAUGUGAGAGCAGGCGGAAGGUGCUGUACCAGCGUGCGCCCAGGAACAUCCACCGCCACGUGGUCCUGUCUGAGGUCAAGGAAGCCGUUGCCGCCCUCCCCCCGGAUGUGACCACGCAGUCUGUGAUGGGCUUUGACCCUCUGCCUCCUUUGGACACCAUCUACUCCUACGUCAGGCCAGAGAGGCUGAGUCCUGUCAGCCACGGAAACACAAUUGCCCUCUUCUUCCGGUCGUUGUUGCCCAACUACACCAUGGAGGGGGAGAGGCUGGAGGCUGGAGGGGCUGGGGGUCUGAACCACAACCAAGGCUUGAACAGGCUGAUGCUGGCCGUGCGAGACAUGAUGGCCAACUUUCACUUCCACGACGUGGAGGCGGCUCGUGAGGACAACCCCGAGGGGGACGGGGAGUGGGACUAAGCCCGCGUAGAUGCCGCACCCCAACGCUGUAUAAUUAUGUUCCCGAUUGCUGUUCUGGUCGGAAUUGGCCGGUUCCCUGGAGUAGAAAUGCUGAUGUGUUGUCCGCCUUCCUCCUUUGUGUCUCCUAUAAAUG